UUCCGGCUCCUUGGCACUAAUUCCUCGCUGCCUUUUCCUGUCACUCAACCCCCCUCCUGUAAUGUAUGACCAGGGCGCUUAAUCAAUGCAAAAAUUCAUCCAUCCACCCCAACCGCACCCAUGGAGGUCGAUUCCAAAGCGACCCGGCAAGCAGAAUGGUGCUGUACUCCCUGCCACAUUUGGCUAGUUAACCAGCGGCCGAGGCUCAGUAGUGCUGUGCCCUACAGUCCGUCCGAAAUCAUAGGCAAUCGUUUCUUCACUCCGUCAAAGCCGUGGCCAUCGCCACACCUGGCGAGGCUUCCUCCUUGAUAUUCUUCUUAUCCAGUGUCGUCAGGCAGAAUUCUUCAAUGUGGCCUUGCGGAUUGCCCUCUAGUCCUAUAUCUCGAAUCAUUGCAUCUUAUGAUAUAUACUUUCCGUCCCACACAUAUGCAUCAUAUGCUGCUGUUAUCUUCACGGUGCUGGCAAGUCGCAAAAUCACCCCAAAAACCUCCUCCAACCACCAAGAAUCUACUCGACACUUUUAUAUCCCCCUCAGAUCUUUAGACCAAUAACCUCAACUCAUGUUUGUUGCCAUGGGUGAUCCAUUAUACCCCUCUCAAUAUGAGCGCAUACCAAACUAUGAGGGAUUCACCCCGCAAAGCGCAGUCUCAUCUUUCAACACACCCCUCAUCUACGACUCGACCUUAACAACACCCGUAUCGCUCGGCGCAGACUCUCCCGUCCUCUCGUCCAAGCCUUCCGCCUCUACUAUCCACUGGGGCCACGAACAGUCCCAAAUGAACAACCCCAUGCGGGACAAUCGUGCAAUCUUCAGCCACAACCAGAACAACAACCGCAUGGAAUCAAACGCCGAAGACUCGACAUUGUCUCUCCAAGUCCCCCAGGGCUCAAACGGUGACCUCGGGCUCGGCUUCUCUACUUACAACAUGUUUGACUCUCCGCAAAUCCCCUGCCCUCCAACUCCGUACUUUGGCUCCUACGGCGUCUCCGGUGCUCAGGUAACAUCUCCGACACCAUCCCUACCCUCCAACACCCACUCAGCAUCCCAGCUCAGCAGUGCGAGCACGCCGUCAAUGCACCACAGCAUCCCGCUCGGCCAAAACAACGCUCCCAACCUCAUUACGCCAACACCAGGACAACUCCGUCCAAGCAAGCGAUCCCACGAUUCUCCCAUCAAGACGGAGCACCACGGGAUGCAAUACCCCAGUCGGCCUUUGCAUCAGCACGAGCAGUCUCCAAUCCACUUCAGCCCACCUGUAAAGCGCGAGUCACCACCGUUGUCACAGUCAACGCAGAAGCGUCAGAAGCAAUCCGAUCCAAUGACGCCUCUAUUCAACCAAAACCAACGGAUGCCAUUAACCGACGGAUCGAACGCCGAGUUCCACGGAAGCCAAUCCCGCUUCAAGCCACUGGGCAACACCCAGUCUCCCCAGCCCGUGAUGACCGAGGAAGAGGAAUUCCUCAUCCACCUCCGCAAAGGCCGCGAACCCAAGCCCGACUGGAAGACGACGGUGGAAGAGUUCAAAGCGCACACUGGGAAAGAAUUCCGCAUCCCCGCGCUGCAGAUGCGCUACUCGCGGCUCAACGAGAGACUGCGCGUGUGGUCAGCUAAGGACAUCACGGCGCUGACGCGCUCUAAGGCCGAGUUUGAGAAGUCAAAGUGGGAGAGUGUGGCGAAUGGGAUGAUGAAGUAUGAGUGUGAGGUUAAGUGGUCGGCGAGGGCUUGUCAGCAGAAAUAUGCGGAGUUGAACCCGGAGGAGCUGGAUGAGGCGCCGCUGGAGGAUAGUCCGGAUCCGGAGGCGUAUAGUGAGGCGGGGAGGCAUAAUAGUUAUGUGAACAUUGGGGUGCAGGAGUAUGAGAUGACUAGGCAGGGUCAUCAUCACCAACAGCAACAUCCGCAGCAGCAAAGGCAGAGAGGGACGCCGGAGGGGAAGAGCAGUAGAGAGCAGAGCGCGGAUGGGAGAGCGGAGAGCUACAAGAAUCUCCAGGUGGAUGCGAAUAAUCAGCUACAACUCCUGCGGCAGCAACAGCAACUUAUUUCGAAGAGGAUGCAGCUUGGGCAACAACAGCAAGAGCAGCAGCAGCAGCAGCAACACUGGGGGAUGGGAGGGCAACAAUAAGACGAACUACACCCCUUCACUCAAGGGGCAGGCAAGGCGGGGUGGCUACAAGAGAUAAUUGGCACGACGACGACACAAAGAAAUCCUCUGAUCAAGGACUGGAAUACCAGACAACGGCGACGACGACGGCGAUAGAGAUUCACAAGAGGUCAUACAACGGCAUAUUACAUUUUCGUGCUUUUCAGCGUGUGCCAGCGAGUACGUGCGCAUCAUCACACAGAAGAGAGACUUUAGGGACGAUAGGGACGCGCCUCGAUACAGAGGCCGGGGAUUGGAGUUGCGGCGACACCCAGCAAACGGAAGGGUAGAGAGAUGGGGGAACAGGUUGGGCGGCCGUGUGUAACCAAACACUCGUUUGAUUAUUUACAGCAUUCAUCAUUCACUUCUUCUGUAUCUAUUUUACAUCUAAUGACCAGACAUUUUCAAC